AUAUUGUUUCUUUUUUUAGGAGAGAGAAAGCGCUUUCAAAAUAACGCACAAAAUCUUGAAAACUGAAGGCAUUAUGGGAGUAUUCAGAGGUAUAGUGCCGACAAUGGCCCGCGAAAUGCCUGGGUAUUUCUUUUUCUUCGGUGGAUAUGAAGCUACAAGAAUCAUGUUAACACCAGAGGGAAAGACGAAGGAUGAAUGUGGAGCCCUGCGGACAAUGGCGGCUGGAGCGGUGGGUGGCGUCAGUUUCUGGACGGCGGUGUUUCCAUUUGACGUGGUCAAGUCGCGCAUCCAAGUCGGCCAAAUGUCUGACGGCUCCAUGUUCACCAACAUGCUAACCAUGUUCAGAAACGAAGGAUGCGCUGAAUCGCUGUUAGAGCAUGUAGAUGUUCAUGAGUUGGCCGAAAUGGUUGACACUCAGUUGCAGCAGGAGAUGUGGACAGCGCCACUCGAACUCAUCGACAAAGUGUCCACCAUGUACCUCGAGGGGAGGCUCAGGCGCGUCUUCACGCCAGAAGAACUAUCUAGAAGUGAGUUGCGUUGGGAACUUCUAUCGAUUUAUAAUAAUACGUAUUGAGGCUACACUCUGUUCCACUCCGUAACAAUAUUUUGAUACGGUAUUGUUGAAAAGCGUAUGACGAGAAUAUUAUCAAAAUUCUGAAUCUGCUGUGUCCACUGUGAUAGUCUUGAAAAGCGUACG